CCCGGAACCGCCCCAACGGAUCUGCCCGAGUCUCGUGGCGGAGCCGCCGCUGUACCGGCCCCGCAGAUGUUCCCCGUCCCCCUCCUCCCCUUCCUCCUCCUCCUCCUCCUCCUCGUCCUCGCCCCCGGCAGCGCGGCAGCCGGCCCGGGGAUCACAGCCCGCACACUCGCUCCGUGCUACUCGGCCGACCUCAGCCCGGCCUCGGGGCGCCUGGUCUCGGCCGUGGGCUGCACCGUGCUGCUCACGGUGCCCCGGCUGCGGGUGGGCAGAGCGGUGUCCUGGGAGUACAGAGCGGGCGUGGAGCAGGGCGUCAUCCUCCGCUAUGCCUUCGACCGGCCCCCCAGCACGUCCCGCCCCUACGAGAACCGCACGAGGUUCAACGAGACCAACUUCUCGCUGCAGAUGGUGCUGCGGCGCGGCGACGGGCGGCUGUACCGCCUCAGCUCCGAGGAGGAGGCCACAGACUGGUUCCAGCUGUAUGUUGUUGAACCGCUGUCCGAGCCAGAAAUCGUGGGCAACUCGUCGGUGAAGGCAGGAGACGACACCAAACUGGUCUGCAAUGUCCUGAGAGGGAAGGCAGACUUGUACUGGUGGAAGAAAAAUGGGAAGCUGCUUCUGGGAAGUGACCGCAUCCAGUUUGAGGACAACAGCACGCUGUGCAUCGUCAGGGUGUCGAUGAGGGACAGCGGGUACUACGCGUGCGUGGUGCGCAACGCCGUGAGCCAGAACGAGACCUCCUUCCUGCUCCACGUCCACCACUCGGCGAACGUGGUGCUGCCCGUGGUCCUGGCGUGUGUGGUGGUCGGCUGCCUCGCAGGUAUCUUCGUCUGGUGCAGGAAAACGGAGCAGCCGUUUCGGCUCUGUAGGUAGAGCUGCCUCAGCUGUUCCCUCGCUGCCCUUCCCUGAUGAUGGAUGUUGCUGGGAAUGCUGGGUGUCCCAUCCAGUCCCAGCCUCUCCCAGGCUCACCUCUGAGGUGUUCAAGCUGCUGAAACCCACAAAUUUUUUUGGAAAACACUGGCUUGGACUA